CAUCUUAUCCGUUUUGACGAAUCGAAAACGUUCACAUGUGAAAAAUUGUUAUUGUAUUUUUUAAAUCAAAUACAUGAGAGAUGUUUACUGUAGAACCUGUUUCUUAGGAAUAAAUACUUUUCUAAACGCAAGGCGACAACAUUCAUAAUGAGUGCACCGACUGAAAGUGACAAGACCAAGAGACGGAACAAAAACCUGACAGUAGAACAGAUCCAGGAGGACAGCAUAACACAGCUUGCAAGUCAACACUGGUCAAAACAAGCUUUGGAAAAUGGGGUUCCAUUUAAAACAGAGAUUGUUGAAAAGGUUUUCAAAGAAGAGCUGCUGGCCUCAAAGUUUUCAACAAAAAGAACUAUGUUACUAGAAUUCAGCCAGUACCUUGAAAAUUACUUAUGGCCAAAUUUUACAAAAGAAAAGGGACAUGCACACAUAAUGUCAAUUGUAUUGAUGGUGAAUGAAAAGUUCAGGGAAAGAGUACCACCUUGGGAAUCCUUCAAACAACACCCAGAGCAUUUCAGUGAUUUCAGUCUCAGGGCCUUGGAAACCUGUCUUGAAGAGGGUACAUCACUCAGAGAGUUGUCCAUCCUUCUUAUCUUCCUCAUUCACUGUUUCAACAGUUUGGAAGUGGACCUUAUUCGUGAGCAGAUUCAGAAACUAGUUUCUCUACCUAUAUGGAGCAAUAUUUUGCAGGGAAAGAGGGAUGAAAUUUUCAGAAACAAUCCAAAGUACAAAAAAUUCUUCAACCUGAUCAAGAAGAACGAUGCCAAGCUGUCGGAGGAUCAGAUGAAGAGGGUGACGUUUGAGAGGGGCUUCCUCUACCACAUGAUCAAAAAAUUCCUCGGAGUACUGGACACUGUUCCACUGAAAGGUGAAGUUCCAUUCUCCAAGAUAAAUUUCUGUGAGCGCUUCCUUGAGUUGAUGAUUGACAUCGAAGCUCAGCUUCCCACACGACGAUUCUUCAAUGUUCUCCUGGAAGACUGCCACCUGGUGGUCAAAUGUCAGCUCUCCAAUCUGUGUAAGCGGUCAGAGGGCAAGCUGUUUGGACAGUUACUGGAAAUGUUGAGCAGUUACACAGAAUUUGAAAUUGAUGACAUCACAGGCGAGGCCCUGACACUGCACAACAGAAUUGACAUCCAUUAUGACAGAGUCCUGAAGCUGCAGAAAGUGGCUUUCAAGCACUUCCCAGACCUGCAAAGGUUUGCCAUUGCCAAUGUAGCCAGCGUGGACACUAGAGCAGCUCUGACAAAGUACUUUAAAUCUCUAAGUCCCGUAGAACUUCACAAGAUCUUAGCAUACAUCCACCAGUUGCCCCCGGUGGAGAAAGAAGAGGACUGUAUAUCAGAUGCGGACUACCUGCUGGAGCUGUUGAUCUCCAGACACGAAAAACGCAAGUCUCAGCAGGAGAGGGUGAACGAGAUGCCCCUCUACCCCACGGAGAAGAUCAUCUGGGACGAAAAUAUCGUACCUGUAGAGUACUUCUCUGGAGAAGGUUGUUUGGCUUUGCCUAAGCUCAAUCUGCAGUUUCUGACUCUCCAUGACUAUUUGUUGAAAAACUUUGAUCUUUUCCGACUGGAAUCUACAUAUGAAAUUCGGCAAGACAUAGAGGAUGCAGGAUCACAUCUUAAACCUUGGCAGUCAGAAGAUGGCAGCUGUUUGUUUGGGGGAUGGGCCAGAAUGGCUCAGCCAAUUGUUGGAUUCAAUGUUGUGGAGGUUGCCAAACCUCGUGUCGGAGAAUCUCAUCCUGCACAAGUGAGAGCAGACGUCACAGUCAAUCUGAGUGUCCGACCUCAGGUUAAAAAAGAAUGGGAAGAUCUAAGAAAGCAUGACGUUGCCUUCCUGAUCACUCUGAGACCCACAGUCCCGAUCCACCACAAGUACAACUUCCGGGAGCCGUUCAUCCCCCAGGUGGGGCUGACCUAUGUGCGGGGCUGUGAGGUGGAGGGCAUGCUGGAUAUGGAGGGCAAGGUCAUUGAGGAUGGACCAGAACCAAAGCCCUAUCUUUAUGGAGACACCCGGACGUUCCGAGUCUGGCUGGAUCCCAACCAGUACCAACAGGAUAUGACCAGUAACAUGGAUGGUGACGAGGAUGUGUAUGAGACCUUCAAUGUCAUCAUGAGGAGAAAGCCAAAGGAGAACAACUUUAAGGCUGUCCUGGAAACUAUCCGAGACCUGAUGAACACGGAGUGUGUGGUACCAGACUGGUUACACGACCUCAUUCUGGGCUACGGACAGCCAGAUGCUGCCCACUACUCAAAAAUGAGUAACACGAUUGAGACCUUGGACUGGAACGAUACCUUCCUGAACAUUGAUCAUCUGAAGGCCAGCUUUCCAGGACACGAGUUUGAGAUUACAACAGAAGAUGUCAGCAAAUGCAUCCCACCAUUUAGGUUGACAUUUACAAAGCAGCAGGAACCAGCAACAGGGAAGAGGAAGGCAGCAGAGGAGGAACCAACGCCCUCCAAAAAAGUCAUCAUACAACCCCACUUCAUCGAAAACAGGGGUCCAUACCCAUACAACCAGCCCAAAAAAAAUCAGAUUCCGUUCACCCCCACCCAAAUUGAGGCCAUACGGUCAGGCAUGCAGCCAGGUCUGACCAUGGUAGUUGGACCCCCGGGGACGGGUAAAACAGACGUCGCCGUACAGAUCAUCUCAAACAUCUACCACAACUUCCCCGACCAGCGCACACUUAUUGUCACACACUCUAAUCAGGCCUUAAAUCAGCUCUUUGAGAAAAUCAUGGCCCUUGACAUCGAUGAGCGGCAUUUGCUUCGUCUUGGUCAUGGAGAGGAAGCCCUAGAGACUGAGAAAGAUUUUAGCAGAUAUGGGCGUGUGAAUUAUGUCCUUGCCCAGCGUCUGGAACUCCUAGAGGAGGUGGCCAGGCUACAGAGUAGUCUAGAUGUCAAGGGGGACAUGUCGUACACAUGUGAAACAGCUGGAUACUUCUACUUGUAUCAGGUGUUAGCAAGAUGGGAAGAAUAUCAGAGUAAACUCAGAAAUCAAAAGGAAAAGACAGUUGAUAUCAUCAAAGAUGAGUUUCCCUUUACCAAAUAUUUUGAGAAUGCCCCUCAGCCAAUAUUUAAAGGAAGAUCUUACGCCGAAGAUAUGGACAUGGCAGAGGGCUGCUUUAGACACAUCAAGAAAAUCUUCACUCAGCUCGAAGAGUUCCGAGCCUUUGAGCUGUUGAGGAGUGGAUCGGAUCGAGCUGAGUAUCUGUUGAUUAAGGAGGCCAAGAUUAUUGCAAUGACGUGUACUCACGCAGCCCUCAAAAGGAGGGACCUAGUGUCUAUCGGAUUCAAGUUUGACAACAUUUUGAUGGAAGAGUCAGCACAGAUCCUUGAAAUAGAAACUUUCAUCCCAUUAUUGCUACAGAACCCCGAGGACAACAACAAUCGUCUGAAGCGCUGGAUCAUGAUUGGAGACCAUCACCAGCUCCCCCCUGUCAUCAAGAACAUGGCAUUCCAGAAGUUCUGUAACAUGGAGCAGUCCCUCUUCACACGUCUGGUCAGGCUGGGAGUUCCAACUGUUGACCUUGAUGCUCAAGGUCGAGCAAGACCAGGGAUAGCCAGUUUAUACAACUGGAGAUACAAGAAACUGGGCAGUCUCUCUCACGUCAUGGUGCAUCCCGAGUACAAGAAGGCUAAUGCAGGGUUUGUGUUUGACUAUCAACUGAUAGAUGUCCAGGACUUUAACGGCGUGGGCGAAUCAGAACCCAACCCAUUCUUCUAUCAGAAUUUGGGGGAAGCUGAGUAUGUUGUAGCUACCUUCAUGUAUAUGCGGCUUCUUGGUUAUCCUGCUGAGAAGAUCUCCAUCUUAACGACCUAUAACGGUCAGAAACACCUGAUCAGGGACGUGAUCAAACAGCGAUGUGGCAGGAAUCAGUUCAUUGGGACACCACACAAGGUGACUACAGUAGAUCGUUACCAAGGUCAGCAGAAUGAUUACAUCCUUCUCUCACUCGUCAGAACAAAGACAGUUGGACAUUUAAGAGACGUGAGAAGAUUGGUGGUGGCCAUGUCCCGAGCCAGACUGGGACUGUACGUGUUUGGCAGGGUCUCUCUGUUCAGUAAUUGUUUUGAGCUCACUCCAACGUUUAACAAGUUGAUGGCCAGACCCUUACAACUUCACAUUGUGCCAUCAGAAGUUUAUCCACCUUCCAGGAAGAUGAAUGAACCAAUCAAAGGAGAAGCAAUGAUUAUGAAAAACAUGCCCCACAUGGCUCAGUUUGUGUACGACUUCUACAACCAGAAAAUCAACAGACUGAUGUCACAGCACGAAGGAGGGAGGCAGACAAAGGCUGAACCUUUAGAGACACCGCCUAUAACUGAAGAGAAAAAGGAAGAAUCACUGGAAACCGAACCAGUGGAAUCACAGGACACCAAAAUGGAAGGAUGAAAAAUUUGAGAGGACUAAAGUGAAUUCAUGGAAAAGUGUAAACAUCUUCAUCCCAUUAUGUGUUAAUGUAUAAAUCCAUUAUCAGACUUCAUAUCAUGAUAGAAGAUUUUCAAAAUAAAAUUCCAUUUUAACUAUGGAAACUAAUGUACUAGUAUCUUACUCUCUUUAUUAAUGAAUUCAAUAUUACAAAAGCAGCAAUUGGACAAUUCAUUAUUUUUCAUUUGGACAAUGUCACAUCUGUGGGCUUUAAGCUGUUAAGAUAAUGUUUGGCAGGGCAUUUGUGUCAUACUGAUAUGUUUCUUCUUCAUCUUCAAAUGAUACUUUACUUUUUUUUUUAAACCAUCUUUGAUUCUUGUUUGUAUUGUGGAAAUGCUAUAAAUUCAGUUUUAAAAGAAUCGCCCCUUAAUAAGAUCAUAUUGUACAUUCACUAUUUUUUUUAGGUUACCUGAAUCAAUAGGGUGACCUAUUUUGCUAUCUGUUUACAUAUAGAAAUUAAAUCACUUGUAAUUCGAGAAUUUGA